AUGUUCGCCGACCGCUGGUUAUUCUCCACAAACCAUAAAGAUAUUGGAACACUAUACUUACUAUUUGGCGCAUGAGCCGGAGUCCUAGGCACAGCCCUAAGCCUCCUUAUCCGAGCCGAACUAGGUCAACCCGGCAAUCUCCUGGGCAAUGACCACAUCUAUAACGUCAUCGUAACAGCCCACGCGUUCGUCAUAAUCUUUUUCAUAGUAAUACCCAUUAUAAUUGGGGGCUUUGGCAACUGACUAGUCCCUCUAAUAAUUGGAGCCCCCGACAUGGCAUUCCCUCGUAUAAAUAACAUAAGCUUCUGGCUUCUCCCUCCCUCUUUCCUACUACUGCUUGCCUCCGCCAUAGUAGAAGCCGGCGCCGGAACAGGAUGAACAGUCUAUCCCCCACUGGCAGGAAACUACUCCCACCCAGGAGCCUCUGUUGAUUUAACCAUUUUUUCUCUACACCUGGCUGGAGUAUCAUCUAUCCUAGGAGCUAUUAACUUCAUUACUACAAUCAUCAACAUAAAACCCCCAGCUAUAUCCCAAUAUCAAACACCUCUCUUUGUCUGAUCCGUCCUAAUUACAGCAGUCCUACUCCUUCUCUCCCUACCAGUUUUAGCCGCUGGCAUCACCAUACUACUAACAGACCGUAAUCUCAACACCACUUUCUUUGACCCAGCUGGAGGAGGAGACCCCAUUCUAUAUCAACACCUAUUCUGAUUUUUUGGCCACCCCGAAGUUUACAUUCUCAUCCUACCAGGCUUCGGAAUAAUUUCACACAUCGUAACUCACUACUCGGGAAAAAAGGAGCCAUUCGGAUAUAUAGGCAUAGUCUGAGCCAUAAUAUCAAUUGGCUUCCUAGGUUUCAUUGUCUGAGCCCACCAUAUAUUUACAGUAGGCAUGGACGUAGACACACGAGCCUAUUUUACAUCCGCCACCAUAAUUAUUGCCAUUCCCACUGGUGUCAAAGUAUUUAGCUGACUCGCCACACUCCACGGAAGUGACACCAAAUGAUCCGCUGCAGUACUCUGAGCCCUAGGCUUCAUUUUCCUCUUUACAGUAGGGGGCCUAACUGGUAUCGUAUUAGCAAAUUCAUCACUGGACAUCGUACUUCACGACACAUACUAUGUCGUAGCCCAUUUCCACUACGUCUUAUCCAUAGGAGCCGUAUUCGCUAUCAUAGGAGGCUUCGUCCACUGAUUCCCCCUAUUCUCGGGCUACACUUUAGAUCAAACCUAUGCCAAAAUUCACUUCGCCAUCAUAUUUGUAGGAGUAAACUUAACCUUCUUUCCACAACACUUCCUCGGCCUGUCCGGAAUACCUCGACGUUAUUCCGACUACCCUGAUGCAUACACUACCUGAAACAUCCUAUCCUCUGUGGGCUCAUUUAUCUCUCUAACAGCAGUAAUACUAAUAAUUUUCAUAAUCUGAGAGGCUUUCGCUUCAAAGCGAAAAAUUCUAAUAAUCGAACAGCCCUCCACUAACCUAGAGUGGUUGUACGGAUGCCCGCCACCUUAUCACACAUUUGAAGAGCCCGUCUAUAUAAAACCUAGA